AUGAAACUGCCACAGCUGACGCUGCAGAAUCACAAGGAGUCCAAGAUGACAGUCUUUGAGAAGGAGAACUUCAUGGGACGCCAGUGGGAACUAUCGGACGACUACCCCUCCCUGCAGGCAAUGGGCUGGGGAAACAACGAAGUGGGCUCCAUGAAGGUGCAGUGUGGCGCCUGGGUUUGCUACCAGUAUCCUGGUUACCGUGGCUACCAGUACAUUUUGGAGAGUGACCAUCACGGUGGAGAUUACAAGCACUGGAGAGAGUGGGGCUCACACGCCCAGACCUUCCAGGUCCAGUCUAUUCGGCGUGUCCAGCAAUAGAUGUUUGUGUUCACAGGCUCUCCUCCUUCAAGAGCGUCUUCACUGGAUUUCUAAA